UUUCGGCCAGCAUUUUUCACAAGAAGAAUAUAUUUGUUGUGCUGUAAUCAAACGUUAAAAACUAUUUUGGAUGAGUGAAACUUAGUGUAAAAGAGCAUAUGAAAGAGAUUGGUUAGUGGUUACGCAUUGAAUAUUGAAUAUACUGAAGCAAAAAUGGAACGACAGACAAGUAUUAAAAGUGAAAUGAGAGUGCACUUUAGUCACCGUUACAAUGUUAAAAACAAAUAUGACGCUUCGUUGCUUUCGAAUGAUUACAAGUUGCAGUGGUUAUCAUCGAUAUAGGAUAUUGGCUGCCCUGCUGUGCAUAGUAGCUAUUGCUGGAGUAACAGCUGCCGGAAAGCGGCGGAAAAUUAUCAUUCACGUUCCAGUUAAGGUGAAACAAGAGAAACACACACAUACACAAGUUAAAACUGUUCACCAUCAUCAUAAGCCAACCGUCAUCAAAGAAGAAAAAAUAAUUAAAAAAGAAGUACACAAGCCAGUUGUCAUCAAAGAAGAAGUUGAACAUGAACAUUUCCAUCACCAUUAUAAGCACGAUCAUCCAACAUUUGAGGUAGACGGACAUGAACCACUUGGAACUGGAAACGAUUUUGAUGGCCUAAAAUUCAACUAAUUGAGCAUUGAAUCCUGACAUAACGAAACUGACAAAUGUUGAGAAAUCUCUAAAUAAAGAAAUGAAUGAAAAA